CAAAUUCUAAAUUACAACGGCUCUGCGAACGUGUACUCAAUAUAUUUUUAUAUAGCCACCAUGAAGUUCUCCACAGCAGCAUUGACGUUGGGCUUGGCUACGGCAGCGACGGCAUUUGUGUAAGUGUGGACCAUCUUUGUCGUCGACCCGAUUUCCAGCGACCGACAUGCCGCCAAUUGGAAUGUAUGGAUCAAUGAGAGGAACGCUUGGCAUGAUGCGAGGAUUGUGGAACUAUAGAAGCCCUMUUGGGAUUCAAUAGUACAUCGCUCGCGAUGUUUCUUUCGAUAAUAUUUUGUGAAUGAAAAACGAUGAUUUAUGCAAGUAUUCUGUUCAUUUGUUUCUGACUGGAAGGUUGAAGUUCAAACAAGAAAUUUGGAAGGAAUGGAGUCGAGACGAAAGAAAAUGAACCGGAAUUGUUAUACGAGCGACAACGGAACAAAAAGAAACCAACUUUGUAUUCUUAGAUUCGAACUCUUCUUCAUAGUCCACUUGGAAGUCGUUUUUCUGAUGAUUGUCUCUUUAUUUUCUCUCUCUUUUUCUUUGAAUUCCCGCAACGCUUCUGGAUUUGUACGGAUUGCCAUGAUACUGUGAUACUAUCUCACAAAUAAUUCUGAACGCGUCGUCAAACAACAACACCAACCAUCGACUGUUAACAUCGGCAAACCGAUGUUGUACGCGACUAUUAAUGGACAAAUCGUUUUUGUUUUGCUCAAUAAUUUUCUUUUCUUAGCGGACCAUCCAAAUUGUACGCCCCUCAUAAAAUUGGCAAUGUACGAACAUCAACCACGUUCAAAGCCGCCACUCUCGAUGCUGAAACAGCCGCUGUCAACGGUGCCGACACCGGGAAUCCCAUGAGACCUCCUAUCAACAUGAAAUGGAACCAGGUGGCAACGCAGCUCGAAGACGCUUUCGGCUACUCUACCGCAGAAGUGCAGGCAUACGCCGACGAUAUGGAGGGCGACAAAGACAAGCUACUAAACUUAUACAAAGCCAUGCAAAUGGCCAGAGGAUUCGAAAAUGCYUGCAACCAGCAAUACAUGCAAGGAAAGAUCCGUGGAUUUAUGCAUUUGGAUAACGGGCAAGAAUCUGUUCCGGGUCUCCUCGAUUACGCGAUCAAACAAACCGACAAGAAAUUCUCCUACUAUCGCGAGCACACCCACGCAAUCGCCAGCGGUGUUGAUGCGGGUGCCGUCAUGGCCGAACUCUUCAUGAAGGACACCGGAACCUGCCGUGGUGCCGGAGGAUCGAUGCACAUCUUUGACCGGGAACAGUACUUCCAGGGUGGAUGGGCCUUGGUCUGCGAACAACUUCCUUACGCGGCCGGUGCCGCUAAAUCGAUCUUGUUGGACCGCACCCUGGGUGUAUCGGACGAUUCCGAUUACCAAAAGCARAACGUCGCUCCGCCUGCCGACGAUGACCGCAUCGCCGUCGUCUUCGUAGGGGAGGGUGGUGCCCAGAAUGGACGAACUGCCGAAUUGCUAAACUCUGCCGCCAAGGACAAUCUUCCCAUCCUACUUUUGGUCAUCGACAACGGUCGUGCCAUCAACACCUUCACCGGCGAUAUCGCACAAAACCCGAAUGUUUACGAACAAGGAAAGCACUAUGGUAUUCCCGGUCUGCUGGUAGAUGGUAACGACCCCGCCGACGUGGCCAAGGGAGGAAAAGCCGUCAUCGAUUACAUUCGUAGUGGCAAGGGCCCUGCCAUCUUGCAGGUACACACCUACCGAUUCAACGGUCACUCCCCUGCUGAUCCCGAACACGAACGUGGCCGAAAAGACGAAAAGGCCUGGGCCAGACAAGAACAAGAUCCUCUGAAGUCAUUCGAAGCCAAAUACACCGGCAGYGUUUUCACCGAAGAUGAACUCAAGGAUGCCAAGAAGGAAAUUAUGGCCCAGGUGAAGGAAGCUGUAAAGUUUGCCGAUGACUCUCCGAUGCCUCCCGUUGAACUGGCCAARGAAUUGGAGUUCCCCGACGCUCCAGAUACGGACUACAACCUUAGGGAGGGACCUGCGUUUGCCGACGAGGUCAAYGCCCGAACCAUCUCGCCUGAAAAAAUGCAGAACGUCCAAGACCACAUUGCAUCUUUGGUAGCCAAGGCGGAAGCUGGUGAUAUUUCCAUCGGUGAUGCCAUUAACCUUGCCAUCCACGAAGAAAUGCUUCGCGAUCCUUCAACAACUAUCCACGCCGAAGAUUUGCAGGCUGGAUCUUCUUACGACAUUCCCAAAUUGACACAACAAACCUACGGCCAAAUGAGAGCCGCCGACGAGAUCAUCGACGAAGGGCACUUCAUCGGGAAGGCCCUUGGUGAAGGUCUGAAUGGAUAYCGUCCCAUUGUGGAACUCAUGAACACAAACUUUGGUAUUUAUGGUAUGGCAGAACUGUCUUCGGCCGGAAACACUUAUGCCACUACCGGAGGAAAGUUCGACAUGCCCAUGACGAUCAUUGGUGCCGGUGGAACCGCCCCCAACCAAUCUUUGGGUGCCGAACACAGUCAGCCUUUCCAUGCAUACGUAAUGGGAAUCCCUGGACUGAAAAUCGCCACCGCUGCCUCCCCAGCCGCAGCCUAUGGYAUCACAAAGAGUAUGAUCCGUGACAACGGUCCUUGCUUCUUGUUUGCUCCAGUAAAGAUGAUGAAGGAAGCGAAGGGUCCUGUCGAUCUUGGAAAAUGCAUGCCACUCAACAAGUCUGCUGUUUUGCAUAAGGCAUCGGACGAGGUUUGCGCUGCUGGAAAUGCUGUUACUGUAUUGACCUACUUGCACGGUGUCAAAGAAUCUUUGGCUUCUAUCGAGGCUAUCCAAGAAGAAGGAUUCGACAUUGAUCUCAUCGAAUUGAGAUCUCUCAAGCCAUUGGACAUGGACACUAUUCGUGAGUCUUUGGAAAGAACAAACAAGUUGUGCAUUCUUGAUGAAUCCACCAAGAGCGGAGGYGUCGGUGCUACUAUUAGUGCCCAGGUCUCGGAAGAACUCUUCGACCUUUUGGACUCUCCUGUAAAGCGAUUAUGUAUGGACGACGCUCCUGUCCCAUAUGCCAGCAGUAUGGAAGUAGCAGUUGUGAAGCGAGGGAGUGAUUUGAUCGAGGGUGUUUUUGAUCUUUGCACCGGAAAGUGGUAAACUAUCCAACAAAGGAACGACUGAAUCGGAUACUCUUUUUUUCGAACAAUGAAUAUUUACGGUACCACCAUCUSUACGCCAAUAUACUUUUGUCAGUUCU